CGAGAGGACGCCGGGCGCCGGCUGGGCUCGACGGGGCCGCGCCAGAGAGCGCGCGUCCGUCGGCUGCUCACGCGGGGCUGGUGCGGCGCAGCUGGCGGCUGCGGGAAGCUGCUCGGCCGGCUGCAGCGUUGGCCAGGCCGGGAGGGACGGAGCCGGGGGGCGAGCCGAGGACCGAGAGAACUGGACAAUGGCAGUUGAGUACAUUUUGGGAAAUAUCUGAAGUUUAGUGGACUGCAUCUACCUUCUUGCUUCUCCCCAUCCUUUACAAAAGCGUUAAUGGGAUGUUUGAGAAGAGAGCUGUAUUAAAAGAAGAGUGCUGCAAAUGGCUUCAGAAUCUACAAAUGCGAAACAAGCUAGGAAUCGCUUCACAAAGGGGAAAAGGCAACCGCACCAGCAAAUAAAGAACAGAUCUUCAAUUAGUGAUGGAGAUGGGGAAGAUUUUUUUAUCUUUGAAGCAAAUGAAGCGUGGAAAGAAUUCCAUGGUUCUCUUCUUCAGUUUUAUGAAAACGGAGAACUCUGUGACGUCACACUGAAGCAUGCAGAAAUUCCUGAGCUAAGGAUUGAACCUGAACCAUGGCAGUGACCCAAGCCACAGCAGUGACAAGACUGGAUCCUCAUCCUUCAAUUCUACUAACUAUUCAUUUGUUUACUCUGCUUCACUUUUCUCACUGAUAAAUGGUGGAUAGUAGUAGUAACUACCUACUUGUAGGGAAAUUGGGACAAUUAAAAGAUUUAAUAUAUGAAACACUUAGAUUAGAGCCUGACAGGAUGACUGUAGUUAAUGAUAUUGCAUAUUAUAUAUUUGAAAGUUGUGGAGUUCCGGUUGUGGCUCCGCAGUAACACACCUGACUAGUAUCCAUGAGGAUGUGGGUUCGAUCCCUGGCCUUGCUCAGUGGGUCAAGGAUCCGGCAUUGCUCUGAGCUGGGGUGUAUGUUGCUGACAUGGCUUGAAUCUGGUAUGGCUAUGGUGUAGGCUGGCAGCUGUAGCUCUGUUUCGACCCCUAGCCUGGCAAUUUCCAUAUGCCACAGGUGCGGCCCUAAAAAGCAAAAAAGAGAAAAAAAGUUCCUAAAAGAAUAGAUCUUAGAAGUUCUCAUCAAAAAGAGCAGAACAUUUAUAAUUAUAUAAGGUAAUGAAUACUUUACUAAAACUUACUGUGGUAAUCAUUUCACUAUAUAUAUAUAUAUAUAUCAAAUCAUUAUGUUGUAUGUCUUAAACUUAUACAACAUUCUAUGUCAAUAAAACUGGAAAAACAUUUUUAAAAAGAAGAGACUCAUAGACCAAAAAAAGUAUAGUGCCUGAUCCAUAGUAUUUUAGGUGAUGUUUGCUGUUAUUCUCUUUAAUUCACAAAAUGCUUUUGAAAUGGGAGAUUAUAUAGAAAAAUCAUAGUUUAUGGUAUAUACCUUAUAGAUACGUAUCUAAAAGAUUUGAUUCUAAUUUGGAAGAAUAUUGCCUGACUUUAAGAAAUUGGCCUAGACUGAAAGUAAGUGAUCAAAGGAUUACAUUAUUUAAAAAAUGCACUAAGCUUGUCUGGAGUGUUUGUCCCACUGAUUUUCACAUUCAACUGAGUCUUGUUUUGUUUUGAACAGGUUGGCUCAAAGCUAAUCUCUUGUCACAAACUGGCAUUGGCUUGUGUUAUUCCCUACUUCAGAGCCAUGUUUCUCUCUGAAAUGGCUGAAGCCAAGCAAACACUGAUCGAGAUCAGAGAUUUUGAUGGUGAUGCCAUAGAAGACUUGGUAAAGUUUGUCUAUUCUUCACGGCUCACUUUGACUGUUGACAACGUCCAGCCUCUCUUAUAUGCAGCCUGCAUUCUACAGGUUGAGCUGGUAGCUAGAGCUUGUUGCGAAUACAUGAAGUUACAUUUUCAUCCCUCCAAUUGUCUAGCAGUAAGAGCCUUUGCAGAAAGUCACAACCGAAUAGACUUGAUGGACAUGGCGGAUCAGUAUGCCUGUGAGCAUUUUACUGAAGUGGUGGAGUGUGAAGACUUCGUAAGUGUGUCACCCCAGCAUCUCCAUAAGCUCUUGUCCUCCAGUGAUCUCAAUAUUGAGGAUGAAAAGCAGGUCUAUAGUGCAGCCAUCAAGUGGCUUCUUGCCAAUCCUCAGCAUCAUUCCAAAUGGCUGGAUGAAACACUUGCACAGGUUCGUUUGCCGCUGUUGCCAGUUGAUUUUCUUAUGGGUGUUGUAGCAAAAGAACAGAUUGUCAAGCAGAAUCUAAAGUGUAGAGAUUUACUGGAUGAAGCAAGAAAUUACCACCUUCACUUGAGUAGCAGAGCAGUACCUGACUUUGAAUACUCCAUUCGCACAACCCCAAGGAAGCAGACUGCCGGUGUGCUAUUUUGUGUAGGUGGUCGAGGUGGAUCAGGUGACCCCUUUCGCAGUAUUGAAUGCUAUUCUAUCAACAAAAACAGUUGGUUCUUUGGACCAGAAAUGAAUAGUCGAAGGCGACACGUGGGUGUAAUCUCAGUGGAAGGUAAAGUGUAUGCGGUGGGUGGACAUGACGGAAAUGAGCAUUUAGGUAGCAUGGAGAUGUUCGAUCCUCUCACUAACAAAUGGAUGAUGAAGGCAUCAAUGAACACGAAGAGGCGAGGAAUUGCCUUGGCCUCCUUAGGAGGCCCAAUUUAUGCAAUUGGAGGGUUAGAUGACAACACUUGCUUCAACGAUGUGGAGAGGUACGACAUAGAAUCCGAUCAGUGGAGUACAGUAGCACCAAUGAAUACUCCCCGAGGAGGAGUUGGCUCUGUGGCUCUUGUGAACCACGUUUAUGCAGUAGGUGGCAAUGAUGGAGUAGCUUCUCUCUCUAGUGUGGAGAGAUAUGAUCCACACCUGGAUAAGUGGAUAGAAGUUAAAGAAAUGGGUCAGCGAAGAGCAGGCAAUGGAGUUAGUGAGCUCCAUGGUUGCUUAUAUGUUGUUGGUGGUUUUGAUGAUAAUUCCCCUCUGAGUUCAGUUGAGCGAUAUGACCCUCGAAGCAACAAGUGGGAUUAUGUAGCAGCCCUUACCACUCCCAGGGGCGGAGUGGGGAUCGCAACAGUGAUGGGCAAAAUCUUUGCAGUUGGUGGCCAUAAUGGCAAUGCAUACUUAAAUACAGUAGAAGCGUUUGAUCCAGUGCUGAACAGGUGGGAGCUUGUUGGAUCUGUGUCUCACUGCAGAGCUGGAGCAGGUGUAGCUGUGUGUGCCUGUUUAACGAGCCAAAUUCGAGAUGUAGGUCACGGAUCCAGUAAUGUGGUUGACUGUAUGUGACUCGAGUUCCAGUUGCCAACAAUUUAGUCCUAUCCGGUGGGCAAGAGAGACAACCAGGAUUUUGUAGUGGCCACCUUUGAACAGUUUUAACUCCUACUAGAGUCUUACUUAAAUCCGGGCUGCUGUAUUGCGACUAAGUGCAACUUUUGGAAUGGUAGCUGCAGAAUGACUAGGAAUAAAGUUAAAGCUGGUACUUCCCACUUCAGCAAAUAAUGAAGUAGGGAAGGGAGAUAGUCUAACCCAAAACCAUACCUCCUCCUCCAAAAAAAAGUUUAAAUAGUGCCAAAACCUUGAGAUUCCUUUUUUUAAAAAAUGUGGACGAAACAAAAUGUAAAAUGAAGUCAUUUGCUGAGCUUUACCUUUCACCUAAGGGAGUUAAUCCUAGGCAGUGGACUUUUCCUAGAAAGGAGAUUCCAAGCUAUUCAUCAACACAAGGAUGUCAAGACACAUAACAGACCUGCUUCAUUUGAAGAUCAUUUUUACUUGGUGCUGAUGAAUUUAUGCCUUGCUUUUUUCUAGGUGAUUUUUCAAUUUCUUGGGUAGUUACAGAAGUAGAAAAAAUGUUUCAUCUUUCUGAGUGCCCUUUGGCUGCAUUUUCAGAAGCUUAUAGGAAUGCUUAUAAGAAACCCCUAAUUUCAUUUUGAAUUGUUAGGACAUCAAAAGACCUAACUGAACUAAUUCCAUCUGAAUGAAUCUACACUUUUAUUUUCUUCAUUUCAUGCAAAAAAGAUUUGUUUUAAAAAAAAAAAAUGGAGUUCCCGUCGUGGCUCAGUGUUUAAUGAAUCCAACUAGGAACCAUGAGGUUGCAGAUUCGAUCCCUGACCUUGCUCAGUGGGUUAAGGAUCUGGUGUUGCUGUGACUAUGGCAUAGGCUGGAGGCUACAGCUCCAGUUAGACCCCUAGCCUGGGAACCUCCAUAUGCCGCAGCUGCGGCCCUGGAAAAAAACAGAAAAAAAAUUUUUUUUCAUAAAAGGCAAAAAGUGAACCAGAGAAGAUAUUAAGGGGAGAAGGCGUUAGAGUCGACAUUAUUCUAAUGCCCAGUUAAGACACCUUGAAAGGGAUUGCUGUCCAUUACAUGACUCCCUAAUGAGGGGACUCCAAAAAUAUGUUUAACGCUUCUUUGAUUUAAUCAUUUCAUUUUGAACCCAAGAUUUAUUAUCUUUCUGUUUUUCUAUUUGCCACCAUCAUAGUUUUUCUAACUGUACAGAAUCUGGAGUUAUUUAUUAUCAGAAAACGAAUGCGUUUUUACGAAGACCCUUUGUGGACUGUAGUCUCCUGGAUAGUUCAAGUCCAUCAUUACCAAUAAAAGAUACUGUAAAAACAGAGAAAGAUUGAAACUACUGUUUUUUCCUGUGGUACUUAAUUUUCUCCAGUUUCUUUAUUGAAUAAAUAGGAAAUAUUUCUUUACAUUAAUUCAAAGCCAGGAUAUUGACACAUCUCCUGAUCUAACAGCUCAUCAUGGUUUUACCAGCAUUAUAGUGGCCUAUUCAUUUUAUGUAUAUAUUUUUAUAAAUAUUUAUGAAGAUAUUAAAAUAUGCUAUUUUGUAUUUGUAGUGCAGUUUGGUACCUCUUGUCCAGGCCGUCCUAAAUUUUCCUUGAGUCAUGCCUUGGAGUUUCGUGUCGUUUACUGCUGGUCAGUCAUCUGGUUGACAAGGAAGCGGGGACAGUGAAGAACGCGGCCCUGCCCAUUAGCUCUGGAUUCAUUGCCUAUUAGCUGUGAGGAUGGUCACUAGUGAAUAGCAAACUGGGCUUGUCCGUGCAGCCAGGCAAAAAGCCACGGUGUGAGAGCCAGUGCCUUGGGUACAUUAGAUCAAAAGGAGAAAAGAAAAAAAUUGUAAGACGGCAUAGGUAAAGGUCUUUCAUUCUUCCAUGCUUAUUGCAACAUUAUUCAUUAUUCACAAUAGUCAAGAUAUGCAAACAACCUAAGUGAUCUAUCCACAGAUUAACUGAUAAAGAAAAUGAUACAGACAUACAAUGGAAUAUUAUUCAACCUUAUGAGGGAAGAAAGUUCUGUCACGUACAACGUGGAUGGACCUGGAGGGCAUUAUGCUAUAUGAAGUAAGCCGGAUACAAGAAAGACCGCUGUUACGUGAUUCCACUUACAUGAGAAAUCGAAAAUAGCCAAACUCUAGAAACAGAGAAUACCACUGUGGUUUCCAGGGCUUGGAAGCGAGAGGAAAUGGGGAGUUCUUCAAGGUGUGUCAUUUCAGUUAGGAUAGAGGAAUACGUUCUAGAGAUGUGCUGUCCAGCACAGUACCUUCGGCUAACAGUAUGAUAUUGGACACUUAAAACUUUGUGGAGAGGGUAGAUGUCAUCAUAGGUGUUUCACAACAAAACCAAACCAAACCAGCUUCAAAAAACAAAAACACCUCUGGUUGAUGUAUAUGUAUCUAUUUUCUCUUAUGUGUUUUGAUGACAUCACAGGUAUGUUCGUAUGUCCAAACUCAUUAAACUGUAUAUACCAAAAAAUAAAAAAAUAAAAAAUAAAGGUGUUUCAUGAAGCAGAUUUAAAUGUUCCAGAUACAGAAUUCCCUGGUGACCUAGUAGUUAAGGAUUUGGCAUUGUCACUGCUGUGGCUCGGGUUACUGCUGUGGCUCAGGUUUGAUCCCUGGCCCAGGAACUUCCGCGUGCUGUGGGCACGACCAGAAAAGAAAAAAUAUUCACAGAUUAUGCCAUUUUUUGUUAUCAGCUUGCGGGCAAGUCCAUAAGUCAUGGCUGGAUCUAAACCAGUGUUCCCUUGUGCAAUUGUUAGCAUAUUUCAGUCCAUCCCAAAGGCAUUUAAUUCUGUAGCACUCACUGGAUUCACUACAACUGGAUGGAUGUGGAAAAUAAGGGUCAAAACCUGGCUUUAACUAUUUCUCAUGUCUAAUGGAGUUCUUGUCUUAUAAUUCUUGUCUUCUGCAGUUACUAGUGUGUUCUAUUUAUUUUUGUGGGGGGGGGAUCUUGAUCUUACUGUUUUUGAGAUUGUUUAAAAUGUUUUUUUCUUGAACAUAUUUCUGCUUUGUCAUGGGUAUAGAAUUUAGGAGCAUGGUGAUGUUACUUAGGUUACUGGUUUUCUCUCUACGGGAGUCAUCUGACGUACUGAGUUGGUAUCCUAGCUACCCACAAAAUCUGAACUACUCACAAGGAAAGUGAAGUAAACAGAGCACGUGGCUGGCUCUUCUGUUAUGUGUGUGCAGUCAGAAGCCUUGGAAUACCUGGCAGUGGUAUGAAAAGACUGAUAAUGGAAUCAAUGUGCACAGUCUUUUUAUUAAAAACAUAUUCUUUGAGGCAUGAAAUGUGAAUUAGUUUGAAGGAAUUAUGCAGUUGAAGGUGAUUAUAUGCAUUGGAGUAAAAGGAUGAAAUAUUCAAAGAGGAUGGCUACUUAACCUCACAUGUUAAUAUCAUCUAUCAAAAAGAUGAACUAAAAUUCUGAAAUUGUAAGUGAAAAAAGAAAAAGUAAAAAUUUGCGUAUUUCUUCGAGAACUGUUUCUAGGUGCUUUUUUGUGAUUCUCCCAUAUAGAUAUUAAAGCUACUGCUUUUACUGUAUUGUACUGCCACUUUAAAAACAAAC